AUGGAGAAACUGAGGCUCACCAGCCGCCACUGGACCGGCCACGAGUUCGAGUGGCUCGACCCGAAGGCCGACGAGCUUGGCAUCCCGGGUCAAUGCGUCCGGCGGGCGCGCAUCCCCACCAGGGACGGCCUGGGCUUCGUUGACGGCACCGUCAAGUACGCCAAGUUCGAGGACGGGCAGAAGGCCCAAGCGGCACUGUUUCAGAGGGAGGCCAAGAGGAUGAGGGACUAUGACGGCAACCCGCUCUUCCUGCCACUCUUAUUCGGGGACACCGACCCCGUUGACUGCCCAAUGUUGCAGAAGAACAAGGAUGGGCGUGUGACGGAGAGCAAGGCCGUCGCCAUCGGCAUGCUUCUCCUGGACGGUGAGUCCAAGGGAGGCGGUGAAAAAAUUGAUGCUGGGUUUCAUUCUCUCAAUUUCUCUCGUUGUGUGGUGGUGUCUGUGUGGCUGCAGGUGAGGAGUGGAUAGAGCAGAGGGCGCUGCUGCUGCCGCUGGAGGUGCCGCCCCCGCACAACGUCUAUAAGAUCGCCGAGAAGCUCAAGGAGGAGAGCACAGCCGAGGAGAAGGCAGCCGUCGCAGGUGAUCUCUUGGUCAUCACGGAGGCCCUCAUUCUCAUCAUCCGGGCCCACAUCAAGGCUGCUGAGGGGGGGCUGAUCUGCAGCGACCACUUCAGGAGUAACAUAUUCCUGAGGCGGUCGGCCCUCCCCUUCUCGGCAGCACAGCAGACGUCGGGCGGACUCUACCCCAGUGGAGCAGUCGGUGAGAUUCAUCGACCUGGCCAACACCGUGGAGCUGCAGCUCGUCCGUCCCCCCUCCCCCCUUCAUGGCCACGGGCAGCACCCUCAUCCCCCUCUCAGUGGCCGGUAGGGAGUCGGUGGACCAGGACCCCAGCGGCACGGCAUCCUUCCGCCCACCGGAGCAGUUGCUGCUCACCAUCCAGGCGCUGGAGGAGGAUGCCCAGAGGAAGGCGGACACACCAAGCUCCACCACCGCCUACCAGCGCCGGAUGGGCCUCGACCCACGAGCGCCAUCGGCCAAGCUGGACCGCAUCCGAGCGGCAAUCAGAAAGCUCAAGGGAGAGCUGAAGGCUCAGGGGGUGCUGGUGGGCAAGGGGGGUGACGAGAAGGUGUGGAUGGGGCUGCCGAGCCUGGUGUGGGGGAUCGCCGCCCUCAUCCACGCCGUGCUCAGGGGGGAGGACUUGCAGGGGCCCAUGAUGGACGAGGACAACGCCAAGGGCGUCGUGAGGGGCGAGGUGACGGCGGUGCUGGAGGGGUACGGAGAUGGCCAAGUAUGUGGAUGAAGACGGCAGCCCUCUCUGGGACGGCAUGGUCUGGUGCUCUCUACUGGAGAAGUGCAGCUUGCAUUCCGACAUGAAAUGGGCGCAGGAGUGGGUGGAUACUCUGUCCAAGGCGUCUAGGAAGGGUCUGCAGCCAAGGUGCGAAGAUCGCGGCACCCUAAAGGAGCCGCUGGCAGCCUGUGCCCAAGCCCGCGACCUGCUGCUGCCCAAGCUGACCAUCCAUCAGUCCCACACCUCUACUUCCCCCUCCACAGAGAGCCAGCCACUGGCAGCCAGCCAGCUCCCACUCGCAAGAGGAGCCAGAGGACCAGCAUGCCACCACCCCCGCUGCCGACGGGUGCCUUGUGGUCUCGAUGGAGCUGCUGACGGGUAAGCAAAUGACGAGGAUACACAUGCCAUUUGCUCAUCCUCUAUUCUACCGUCAUUGUGAGUGUCUGCAGGCCUUCUCAUAUCGCUGCCUACAUUUUAUAUCUUGUCGUCUUCUUCGUCCCUUACCCCGAAGACAAACGUGAUGCAAAGGCACCAGGUUGACCGCUGAAGACACGUCUCCACUUAAUAUUUGCUGAACAAGGCUGUACCUUUCCUUCUACACAUGGAUGGCUACACACGUGGAUGGAAUUGGUGAGCUGCGGCACCUCCGCACCAACAUCGAUAUCAUGUGUGUCUGGAUCUCUCUCUCAGAAGAUCGACCCCAAUGUGGUGCUGGCGGCGCAGCCUCCACUGUUUCCCGCUGGCCCCUUCAAAACCGCCGCCAGCAGCUCGUCUGGUAUAUGAUCAAUCGUUCUAUUAUGUGUAUGCGUAUUGUGCGUUGUUGCCUUGUGUAGGGCCAGUGGCGAUGCAACAAGGCUACAUCGUUCCGCCCAAGGGUUAUGUCGAGACGGGCAUGUCCACCGUGGACGGCGAGCAAUAUGAGAAAGACGAUUGA